ACCCUCCUUCAGAGGGAUUACAGCUUCCUGAGAGACAUCAACAUCUGGCAUCCCUUUGUCACCGUGGGGGUCUAUUCCUCCACGCUCUCCGCCGCUAUGAGCAACCUGAUCGGAGCCUCCCGGAUCCUGUACGCCCUGGCCAGGGAUGACCUAUUCGGGAAGGUGCUGUCUCCAGCCAAGAGGACGUCCCACAGUGGCAACCCCUGGGUCUCUGUGCUCAUCUCCUGGUUUGUUGUGCAGCUGGUGCUGUUUGCGGGAAAGCUCAACACCAUCGCCAGUAUCGUGACCAUCUUCUUCCUGCUGGUCUACGCCGCCGUGGACCUGGCCUGCCUCGCCCUGGAGUGGGCCUCCGCACCUAAUUUCAGGCCCACCUUUCGCUAUUUUACCUGGCAUACGUGUGUUUUGGGCAUCAUCGGUUGUGCUGUCAUGAUGUUCCUCAUCAACGCCAUCUACGCCUCGGCCAGCAUCGCCUUCAUGCUGCUCCUGCUGCUGUUGAUUCACUACCUCAGCCCCACCUCCAGCUGGGGAUACAUCAGCCAGGCUCUCAUUUUCCACCAGGUGCGUAAAUACUUGCUGAUGCUGGACGUAAGGAAGGACCACGUCAAGUUCUGGAGGCCCCAGGUCCUUCUGAUGGUCUCCAACCCUCGCAGCAAUGUGGGCCUCAUCACCUUCAUCAACGACAUCAAGAAGAGCGGCCUCUACGUGCUGGGACACGUCCAGCUUGGAGACCUUGACACUUUACCGUCGGACCCCCUGCAGGCCCAGUACGACUCGUGGCUGUCCCUGGUGGACCAUCUAAAUAUCAAAGCCUUUGUCAACUUGACACUUGCGGAUUCUGUUCGUCAUGGCGUCCAGCAUCUUCUCUUCAUUUCAGGACUGGGUGGGAUGCGUCCCAACACCUUGGUGCUUGGCUUCUAUGAUGACUGUCUUCCAAAGGACAACCUGAUUGAUCCCUACAUGUCCUUCAGCCAGUCCGCAGAUCCUCUGAGCCCCCCCGGGCAAAUGGAGCAACCCGUUCCUUUCCACUUUGCCUCUCUCCGGGGGUCCUGCGACAGACAGGACUACGGCGAGUCCGGGGACGGGAAGGUUCUCGGGCCCCAGGAGUACGUGGCGAUCAUCGCCGACGCCAUGAAGAUGCUGAAGAACGUGGUCCUGGCCCGGCACUUCCAGGACUUCGACCGGGCCCAGGUCCUCUCGCCGCCCUCCUCCUCGCCGGGGAAGGGCGCCGUGUUCGUGGACGUGUGGCCCGUCAACCUCCUGCGGCCCGACAGCUGCAGCUACGUGGACACCUGCUCCCUGUUCCUGCUGCAGCUGGCGUGCAUCCUCAACAUGGUGCGGGCCUGGCGCAAGGCCACCCUGCGCCUGUUCCUGUGCGUGGAGGAGGGGCGCAGCGUCAGGGGCUCGGAGCAGAAGCUGGGCCAGCUGCUGAGGGACCUGCGGAUCAAAGCCUACGUCUACCCCGUGCCCUGGGACCAGGUGGUGGCCUUGCACUGGCAGCGCCAAGGCAGCUGGAGCAAGAAGCAGCAGGAUCCGGACGCCACGGCGACGAGGGCUGAGGAGGAGGAGGAGGAGGAGAACGAGGACGACUACGUCAACAGCUUUCCGAGCAACGCCACCCGCCUGUCGGACGACUACCUGUCAGCCGUCAACAAGCUGGUCCUGGACCAGGCCCGGCCGCCCCCGGCCGUCCGCUUCCUGUACCUGCCGCGGCCCCCCGCAGACACCCGCCGCUACACCUCCUACCUGCAUCAGCUGGAGCUGCUGACUCAGGGCAUGGGCCCCACACUCCUCAUUCACGGCGUGACGCCCGUCAUCACCACGGACCUC